AUAAAAACUUUUUUAUUGUAGUUAUUAGUAAUUAUUUUCCAAUGUUUCCAUUAAAAAUUUUCACGUCUAGCUUUUUAUUAUAUUCUGUGAUUUUGUAUACAAACGCAAAAAUGGGUCUAAUAGAGCAACUAGAUAAGUUACUACAGUAUUCAGGAUGGAACAAUUUAAAUGAUUUGAAAUUCAUACAUUAUUAUAAAAAACCACAUUUUAUUCAACAUUUGGAAGCAACUCCAACACGUAUUAAAAAUUAUGAUUACAAAGUAAGAGUUUUAACUAUUUAUCUCGGAUGUACAUAUGCAAAGGUUAUGCAAAAUCUUUAUCCAAUUAUUAGAAACCUUAUACAAGAUUGUCAAAGAAAAUUUUAUAUAAAGAACGAUUUCAUCAAUGGAUGUUUUUCCACCAAAAAACUUUUAAACAUAAUAUCCUCAUUAAUUGUUCCACUGGCAACAUUAUUGAAAGGUGCCAUGAAUACUCUUUAUUUAUUACGUAAUAAACCAUGGUGUAAUAUGAAAAGUUAUUCCUACAUGGUAAGUUUUCGAUUAGAGAAAUUUGAAAAUAUUUUUGAUCAUAUAAACAAACAUAUUCAAUCACAUUAUAAUAUUUUUGCAUACCAUGAGGUGUUAAAAACUGUAGAUAAUUUUUUUAUAUACAUAAUGUCAGAAAUAAAUAAUGACACUACACAAUUUUGCGUAUUUGUACCAUUUGAUAAGAAUUGUUUAUGGAAUGAGUGUAUUCAAGAGUACAAACCCAGUAUUGAUGUAUAUCUUCCAUUAUUAUUUUUGGAAUUCAUAACCAAAAAAAUUAAAAAUUAUAUCCAGACAGUAAUUACAGAAAAGUAUUUUCACCUCGGAUUUAUAUUUGAUCCAAUCACUGAAGAAACUACGCUUGCAACAUCAGAGGAUCUAAUGGAGCUAGAAUUGGAAUUUAAAGAAACAGAUGAAUAUCCUCUGAAGCCAAUACUAAUAGAGACUCUUUAAAUGUUACAUUUUCAUAAACAAAUCUAGUUCGCUUGUUUAAUAUAUCAGUUAAUUAAAAAUAAUGGCAAUAAAAAAUUUAAAACUGAAGACUGGAAUUUAUACACUGAUUUAUUUAUUGGUGUACAA